UCCUCGUUCGUUCUCUCUCUCGAACGCGACGGGGUGUGCAUCUGCUUCUGUAACACCGGAGGGUUUUAUCCACGCAAUUAGGCGGACCGGUGGAGCAUGGAAUCCUGCGACGCUGCUCUCCCGUACACGCUGAUCGGGCUCGUCCUCCGGCAGCCGUCGCCGCCCCAUCGCGGCGCGGCCUCCUGCCCCAGCCGCUUUCUUCGGGACUACGCCUCCAGGGCCACCAACACCCUCCUCUGGAUAUGCCUCAUCUCCGUCACCUCCCUCCUCUGCCGCAGGCUCGCUAGGCUGGUGCGGCUAUGGGUCCAGGGCAGCCGGAUCCCCGGUCCGCCCUCCAACCCCUUCCUCGGCCGUUCCAAGCUGAUCCCCGGGUGUGGUUCCCUGGGGAGUCUCACCGGCUAUCUUGCUGAGUUGCAUGAGAAAUAUGGACCAAUUGUCAGACUGUGAGAGCAAAUAUUAUUCCUUCUGAGAUUGUUGAAUGUGUCAUGGGCAGAGUUGACACUAUUAUGGCUAAAGGGACCCUUGAUUGUGGAUUGGUUUCUCAACAGUUGGCAUUUUACAUCCUUGGGAGCACACUCUUUGGAGAUGCAUUUUUGGAUUGGCCUAAAGCUAGCAUUUAUGAGAAGCUCCUAAUAACAAUUUCUAAAGAUGGUUGCUUCUGGGCCUCUUAUACAAUCCCUCCUUUCUGGAGUAGAGAAUACUGGAAGUACAAGCACAUGUGCAAGAGGUUAAAACACUUAACCGAAGACAUUAUUCAGCAUUGUGUGGAAAAAUAUGACUUGUUAAGCAAAAUUGGUCACAGUUCUUACAAAGAUAACAAGGAUAUUGAAGAUGAAGCCAGGUUCAAUGAUUCUAUUCUGCUUGAUAAUAUGCCUUCAGGUGUUCUCCUCCAGGAAGAGAUGGCAGAGUAUCUCACUUCCAAAGAAGAACUAUGUGGGAACAUAUUGGGCCUGAUGUUUCAUGGAUGUCUAGCUACUUCUAGCUUGAUUAGUAGCAUUCUGACAAGGCUUGCUUUACAUCCUGAAUUGCAGCAGAAGUUAUAUGCAGAGAUCAUUGCAGUUCAGGAGAAAACCUGCAAGUUGGACUCUGAUGAUGUACAAAAGAUGAAUUUACUUAUGGCUACAGUCUACGAAUCAGCUCGGUUAUUGCCAGCUGGACCUUUGCUUCAAAGAUGCUCUCUUGAACAUGAUAUUUAUCUUUGUUCUGGCGUAAAUGUACCAGCAGGAGCAAUUAUGGUUGUUCCUUUACAGUUGGUGCAGAUGGAUAGCUAUAUCUGGGGCAAGGAUGCAGGUCGUUUUAAUCCAUUGCGCUUCUUGUCGGAGGCCACAGACCAUAUAGAUAAAAUUACAGCCAGGUUCGGAGAAUGAUCCAAAACCAAUAAUGAGCGACUGCCUCCUUCAGCAGCUUCUAUCGAGCCCGGAGGUUGUGUUUACGAAAAGAAGCAAGCGAAAGACAUGGAAAAGUAAAGGUUCCUCAUGAGCCUUUCUUACUGUCAUAUUACCAAGGUUAUGAACUCAGGAAGACCAACGAAGAUCAAGUUUUUAGCCCCUCCGCAGUUUUUGACAGCUCCGGUGGCUACUACUAUCAUGUGGAAGCACUUGGGGAGCUGUUGACUCCGGAUGGUACACAAUCAUGUGCAGUUGUUUGGUGUCUUAUUUUUCCUCCGAAAGGAGUCAGUUGUAGCAUUGUGGUAAUUGACUGUUGAUCACAGACACAUUAUAUGUACUAAAUGGCAAGACAAGCGGGGCGUAUCAUUACACCCUAAUAAACAUCAUGUGAUUUCAUUUGUGA